UAAGAAAAAUGAGUAAUAUUUAUAUUCAGGAACCUCCAACAGAUGGAAAGGUGUUGUUGGUGACAUCAGUUGGAGAUAUUGAUAUAGAGCUAUGGUCCAGAGAAGCUCCAAAGGCCUGUCGCAACUUUGUACAGCUGUGUUUGGAAGGCUACUACAAUGGUACCAUAUUCCACCGGGUGGUGAAGGACUUCAUUGUACAAGGGGGAGACCCAACUGGGACUGGAGAAGGCGGUGAAUCCAUCUAUGGGGCACCCUUUAAGGAUGAGAUCCACAGCAGACUGCGGUUUGUACGCCGCGGAUUGGUAGCAAUGGCAAAUGCAGGUCCCCAUGACAACGGCAGUCAGUUCUUCUUUACGAUGGGGUCUACUCCUGAACUGCAGAACAAGCACACCAUAUUUGGAAAGGUCGGUGGAGAUACUAUUUACAAUAUGAUACGACUUCAGGAGGUAGAUGUUGACAGCAAUGAUCGUCCUACAUACCCACUCAAAAUAAAAAACACCAAGGUACUUUCUAAUCCAUUUGAUGAUAUUGUGCCCAGACAGAAGACAAAAGAAUCGGAGGAAAAUGAUUCAAAGUCAAAAAGCAAAUCCAAGGGUACAAAAAACUACAGUCUGUUAUCAUUCGGUGAGGAGGCGGAGGAAGAUGAGGAGGAAGUCUCUAUGGCAGUCAAGGAUAUGAAAGGCAGAAGUAAAAGCAGCCAUGAUCUGACAGAUGACCCCAAGUUGAGUUCACAACCUGCAGUAUCAUCAGAUCGUAAAAAAAGGAAAAUAGACGAUGAUGAUAGUGAGGAGUCAGAUGAAGAAAGCAACAAAUCUAUUAAAGAAUCUAUCCAAAAGAAGUUGAAAUCCAGCUCAGAACUCGGCGUGAAAGGAAAACACUCUAUAGACCUUGGUGAACCAGAUGAAGGAGCUGAAAAAAUGUCAAGAAAGGAACAGCUCAGGAAAGAAGCCAAACAACUAAGAAAAGAAUUGAAAGGAUCUACAGAAAAGGUUGAUAGUACAGCAAGCAAAACAGAAAGUAGAAAAGACAAAGAACCUGUCAAUGAUGUCGUGGCUAGCUAUCUGAAAGAAAAACAAAAGUAUCAGGAUUUAAAGAAACAGCAAAACAAGAAAGGCUCCAGUCGUGAAAAUGCUACGAUGGAACUUUUGUCAAAGUUUCAGAACAAACUUAGGUCUGCCAAGGUCAUUGGAGGGGAAUAUGAAGAGGAGGAGGAGGACGACAAUGAGGGGGAGGAAGACUCAGGGGAUAUGUCCUGGAUGAGACAUACCCUGAAAUUCGACACAGAAGAAAGUAAGAGGCGAGUCAUCGAUGCAAAUGUACAGGAACUUGAUAGAUAUGAUUAUAUUGAUCCCAGAAAUCCUCUCAACCAGCGACGACGAGAAGCUAGCAAACAGGCUAUGAAGGCCAGAAAAUGACACCUUUACAUUAAUUAAUUAUGUAAAUGAGACAUUUACCUAUAAAGGAUAUAUGCUGUGUCUUUACGAGUGUUAGUGAAGAAAUUUUUAAGCCAAUGAUUUUUUUUUGUCGGCCUCAUACGUAGAGCAUAUCAUUUAUUCAUUCACUGAGAGCUACAUAUAGCCAAAGAUGUAAGAUACUUUAGGUCUCUGACAACAAAUCUAGAUGAAUGAUGUGAUGGUUUUGAUACAUUUAUUUAUUUAGUUAAGAGUUUUCACAAAGUCAGUGAUAUAAAUGUAGGAUAGUAUAGGACACUGACAAGAAAAAUCCAGAUAAAUCAAGUGAUUGUUUGAAAAUAUCUGAUGAUGAAAUUCAAAUGUAGCUGAUACAUAUUUCAUGCUGACAAUUGAGUGAUAUUUAAUUCAUUGUCUUUUGUUUUCACAUGCCUGUAGAAGUGUUAAGCCCUAUAGUGUUUUGGAAGUGUUAGAAGGGAAUAAGAAUUUGCUGUGGUGACUUUUGUUAUGUUUAAGAUCAAUCCAGAUGUAAUAUUGAUAAAAUAUUAAUUUCAUCUAUACUGAAAAAAGUCUCAGGGUAAAACCAAUGCAGCAGUGUCUAAUAUAGUAAACUUGUUUCCCAUUGUCCUUCAUUUGUAUACCAAAUGGUAUACAGGGUGAUUAGGGGCAGUUCUAGAAGAGUAUAACAAUUGCAGCAAUCAGGGGACUGGUUUUCUUGCGUAAGAUCUGUAGCUACAUGAUAAAAAAGAAAGCCAGAAAAUCCAUUUACUGUCUGAUUGUAAUAAUAACUUAUAUAAAUAGGGGUGCUGUAUUGCUUCAAACUAGUUUGUUUAAUACAUACUUAUUAGUCUUAUUAGUGAUAAACUGCAAUAGAAUGGAAAAUUUUCAUUUCAUUUUACCCAGUUUUGAUAAACAAAUUGCUAGAUUGUUAAAUAAAAUGAUACACUGUACAGUAACAUUGGUAAAUACAAAACAAAAUAUAUACUGCUCAGUUAGAUAGAACUUCUCUUUAACUUGAUACAUCGAACAUAGACCAAUAAACUAACCUAUAAAGUCAGGACAUUUUGUAUCUCAUCAUAUGAAGUUUAUACACCUCUGAAUAUUUGUUAGGAAGUCUGAUAACAAAAUUAUCAAGUUUUUGAUAUUAAACAGAGAAAGGAAAAAUUGUUUCAACAUCAUUGAUAACAAGCCUGUAGCUAUGGAUUCUGGUAAAACAAAUAAUGCUCCAGGUCUCAAUAUCACUUUAAACAAAUCAAACAAAGAGUUUAAGGGCUAAUACACAGUCAAAUUUACAGUUAUAAGGGCUAAGACACAGUCAAAUUUAGUUAUAAGGGCUAAGACACAGUCAAAGUUACAGUGAUAAGGGCUAAGACACAGUCAUAUUUACAGUUAAAAGGGCUAAGACACAGUCAAAUUUAGUUAUAAGGGCUAAGACACAGUCAAAUUUACAGUUAUAAGGGCUAACACACAGUCAAAUUUACAGUUAUAAGGGCUAAGACACAGUCAAAUUUACAGUUAUAAGGGCUAAGACACAGUCAAAUUUACAGUUAUAAGGGCUAAGACACAGUCAAAUUUACAGUUAUAAGGGCUAACACAGAAAGUUCGACAUUUUAUAUUUGUUGGUCUUUAACUUGAAUUGAUGGUGUUAAAAUUUAUACAAGUAUUUUGACCCAGACUGGUACACUGAGAUACAUAAUCCUGAGGCAGCUGGUUAUCAUAAUACCAUUAUAAUGUUCUUAGCUCCUGGGAAUUUAAAAUUGUUAACAAUUUGUAUAUACUAUUAGUGAAUGGUUGCAGCAUUUUUGUCCAGUCAUCCUUGUGGUUUGAGAGAUUUGAUGUCCAAUAAGAGAGAUUUGGUGUAAGGAAGAUAUUUAGUGUCCAUAAAAGAGAUAGGUGCCACAUGAGUGAGGUUUGAUAUCCUUAACUGAUUUGAUGUCCAGAAAAGAUUUGGUGUCCAUGAUAGAUUGAUGUACAAAUGAGAAAUUAUGUAUCCACAAGUUUUAUCAUUACAGUCCAGAUAUCCAGGUGUUUCUGAAAGAGAUUUGAUGUCAAUAACUGAGAUUUGAUGUAGAUGAGAGAGAUUUGGUGUCAAUGAGGGAGAUUGAUGUAGAUGAGAGAGAUUUGGUGUCUAUGAGGGAGAUUUGAUAUAGAUGAGAGAGAUUUGGUGUCUAUAAGUAAGAUUUGAUAUAGAUGAGAGAUUUAGUGUCGAUGAGGGAGAUUUGAUAUAGAUGAGAGAUUUAUUGUCGAUGAGGGAGAUUUGAUCUAGAUGAGAGAUUUAUUGUCGAUGAGGGAGAUUUGAUAUAGAUGUAGAUGAGAGAGAUUUGGUGUCUUUGAGGGAGAUUUGAUCUAGAUGAGAGAUUUAGUGUCGAUGAGGGAGAUUUGAUAUAGAUGAGAAAUUUGGUGUCUAUAAGUAAGAUUUGAUGUAGAUGAGAGAGAUUUGGUGUCAAUGAGGGAGAUUGAUGUAGAUGAGAGAGAUUUAGUGUCGAUGAGGGAGAUUUGAUAUAGAUGAGAGAUUUGGUGUCUAUAAGGAAGAUUUGAUGUCUAUGAGGGAUAUUUGGUGUCUAUAAGGAAGAUUUGAUGUCUAUGAGGGAUAUUUGGUGUCUAUAAGGAAGAUUUGAUGUCUAUGAGGGAUAUUUGGUGUCUAUAAGGAAGAUUUGAUGUCUAUGAGGGAUAUUUGGUGUCUAUAAGGAAGAUUUGAUGUCUAUGAGGGAUAUUUGGUGUCUAUAAGGAAGAUUUGAUGUCUAUGAGGGAUAUUUGGUGUCUAUAAGGAAGAUUUGAUGUCUAUGAGGGAUAUUUGAAGUAGAUGAGGAAGAAGAGUUGGUGUACAUUAGGGAGAGUUAGUGUCAGUUUAAGCCAUUUCAUGUCGAUGAGAAAUUGUUUUUUAUCAUUACUGUCCAGUCAUCCUGGUCUGGUCAGUAAUAAGGUAUUGUCAUUGUAUUACAUGUAUUAAAACUGAUCUUACACGU